UAAAGCUGCUUUGAAACGAUGUGUGUUGUGAAAGGCGCUAUACAAAUAAAAAUGACUUGACUUGACUUGACUCACUUAACUUAUUUUCCGUCCAGACAUGUAUGCGCUCUAAAUUAGGGUUUGACACUUGUGAUGGUGUUCAGAUAGCUCAGUCUACUUUCAUUAUACUCUCAUGUAACGACAAGUGCGCGCAUUGCGCUCCUGCUUUACUCGAUUCUAUGGCAGAAUAUCGAGGAAACCAGACCACAGAACAGAUCCCAGGAGACCAAACAACUUUAACCACAAAUUAUUAUCAAGGAAGAGCUCCACAUCAAUGUAGACAGAGGCAGCAGAACAGGUGUCAAGAUGAAAACCAUGGGAACUUGGAGAACCAGGGUCUUCUGCCCAGCGAGCUCACGAGACCCCGCAGUAACCGGGCAAAAUCUAAAGAUCACAAGCGACUAAGUACAUACAAACUAGUCUUACAGUACAUCGUCCCGUGCAUAAACUCAUACGGUUUGUGUAUCGUAGAUAAUUUUCUGGGAGACCGGAUUAGCGAGCGCGUGCUGCAGGAGGUGAGACGCAUUCAUCAGAGUGGCAAUAUGCAAGAUGGACAGUUAGUGAGCCAAAAACUUGGCAAAAGCCAAGCCAUCAGAGGGGAUAAGAUCGCAUGGGUCGAUGGCACUGAAAGCUGCUGUCAAAACAUCGGCUUUCUCUUGACAAGAAUGGACAAAGUCAUCACGCACGCGGACGGAAAAAUGGAGAAGUACAAAAUCAGAGGGAGGCAUAAGGCGAUGGUGGCUUGUUAUCCAGGAAAUGGAGCUGGAUACGUGAAACAUGUAGAUAACCCUAAUGCAGACGGUCGCUGUGUCACUUGUAUUUACUAUCUGAACAAAAACUGGAAUGCCAAGGAGCAUGGGGGAAUACUAAGGAUCUUUCCAGAAGGGAAAUCUUACGUGGCCGAUGUCGAACCCUUAUUUGAUCGACUUCUGCUUUUCUGGUCCGAUCGAAGAAACCCUCAUGAAGUGCAACCAUCAUACGCUACGAGGUAUGCAAUCACUGUGUGGUACUUUGACUCAGAGGAAAGAGCCGAAGCAAAAAGGAAAUUCAGAGACCUGACAGCCACAUCUCAUGAAGGCUCCUCAUCCUAACACACAGUUUCACCGGACUUUCUCCUCUAAGAGGAUUUUUUUUCUUUUUGUUUCUUUUCCGUUUUGUAAUGCUUUUUGCACUAGAGGUACCUAUCCCCCCAUUUAUAUUAUGUAUGUGAUUUACAUUGCUUGAAUCCAGUCCUUAAAAUGAGUAAUUUUUAGUAACACGCUGCUAAUAUCAAGACAAUUUUGUGAACAAUGUGAGAUUCUUUGUACUAAUAAAUGGACUAUUAUUGUAUUUGUGUUUAUUGUUAUCAAAUUGUUAAGACACAUUUUCAGAAAUAUAUGGCUUUCAAAAGAUGUGUAUAAAAGAACUAUAAAACUAGAUGACCUUUAUAUAAAUAUAAUGCUACAAGUAAGCAUUAUAAUAUUUCUUUUUCUGUGCUUGUACUUUUUUUUGUUAUAUUUGGUUUGUGGGUUUGGUCAUUGGCACAUAUUAAGGAUAUUAUUUGUACUAUUUACUCAGUGAGAAGAGAAUUUGUACAGAAAGGAAACAUAAGAAUUUGUAAUUGAUUUCAUUGUCAGUUGACUUGAACUUGUAAAUGUGAUUAUAUAUAUAUAUAUAUAUAUAUAUAUAUAUAUAUAUAUAUAUAUAUAUAUAUUUACAAAUAGAUGCUUUAUUAUUUUUUAAUGACGUUGAUGUUGAAUGAGACCCUCUUAACUAGAGAUGCUUAUAGAAGUUAUUCUGUACUGUGUUCACAAUAGAGUUUUUUUUUUGUGUUGUUUUUGUAAAGUAUAACAUUAAAACACCAUACAUUUUAAGAAGCACUAAGGGUAAUGAUAUUGCUUUAAAUGUUUUGGUCCUAGUGUGUAUUGUGUAGAAUUUACCAGCUUGCAUGCGGGUCAGCAAUGCUGCUAAACCACACUCUUGGAUUGUAUUUGACAGUUGUUUAUACCACUUAAAGCAUUAUACAAUUUGAGCAAAGUAGAGAAACAUCUCUGCGAUUUCUUUAUGUAACACCAGUCCUGGAAAAUGAUCUUGUAAUGUGUGAAGUAUGGCUGAUGUACUGUACACCAACUGAGUUUUGACAUGGUCAAAUUAAACCAUUUGAAAGUGC